GCGCGGCCCUGGGUGAGCGCUGGCAUCCGCCACUCCUGCCUCGCUCUGCUCAGGAAAAGGGUAGGUGGCUCUCUCACGCCAAGCAAGAUGUCUUGCUACGACCUGUGCCCACCAAAGACCAGCGUUGCCGUCCCCCAGCCCAUCGCUGAGAGCUGCAACGAGCUGUGCGCCCGCCAGUGCCCCGACUCCUCGGCCUUCAUCCAGCCGCCCCCAGUCGUCGUCACCUUCCCCGGCCCCAUCCUCAGCUCCUUCCCCCAGCAAGCCGUGGUGGGCUCCUCCGGAGCACCCGCCUUUGGGGGCUCCCUGGGGCUGGGGGGCCUCUACGGCGCCGGGGCCACCCAGGCCUCGGGGGGCCUCUGCACCUUUGGCAGACCCUACGCUUCUCCCGCCCUCAGCCCUUACGUCCUGCCCCGCUACAGCAAGAAGAUCUGGGACACCUAUGGGCCCUGCUAG